UGUUUAGAUUACUAAAAUGUUUUCUGUGAUAUUAAGGCAUUUUAGGACUAAAAGCCUUUAUAAAUAUGGUAACAGAAUUGCUUUACCUGUGAGAAACAAUUUAUCAAGUGAUACUAGAGAGUCAGCUGGCAUUUUUGUUCCAUCAUAUUUACCUAAACCUGGUGAAACUGAUGGCGAAAGAAGAGCUAGGUUGCUAUACCAAUCUCGUAAGCGUGGAAUGUUGGAAAAUGAUCUUUUACUUAGCACUUUUGUUGACAAAUAUCUGACAGAAAUGAAUGAUAAACUUCUCAUGCAGUAUGAUAAAUUGAUUAAUUGUUCUUAUAGUGAUUGGGAUAUUUAUUACUGGCUUGUUGGAGCCCGCCCUAUACCACCAGAAUAUGAUAAUGAAAUUAUGCAACUUCUUAUUCAACAUGUUGAAAAUAAAAAGAAAGAACGACGAUUAAGACAGCCAGAUCUCCCAAAUUAUGUUUUCAAGAAAUAAGUAUUGCUUUAUAAAUUAGAAGAUUGGUAUUUACAUUAAUUAUCUGCAGUUCGUAUUUUUAUAAUUUCUGUUACUUUGGUUCUUUUAAAGUCAAACCUUUGAUAAUUAGUUGUCAAUUAAAUCAUAUGAAUCUUGUUAUUGUAUAAAUGUAUAAUAGAUGAAUGGAAUAUGUUAACAUCAUUUUACUCAGCUUGGCUGCUUCACUAUUUAUUGUUAUAAUUAUUUUUAUUACGUAAUUAUUUUUUUAUUAUAGUUUAUUUAAAACAGAGUAGUUUGCAUUCUAUGUAGUAAAUUGUUAAAGAUUCUAACUAAAACAAAUAAAGUAUUAUAUAAAAUGUUGG